AGACAGCUUGUAUUUGAUUAGUUUUUAAUGGAGGAGAAAGGUUGAUUGAAUUGUGAGGAGGAAUAGGGAUUAGGGAGAUGAGCUGCUUUUGUACUUCUCGUUCUCGUGGGAAGGAUGUGGGCCUUGUUGUUGAUAAUUUAGGUUUAGGGUCGUCAAAUAAAGGCAACAAGAAAGCCUCAGCGACGAGUUUCAGUUUUCGGGAGCUUGCAUCGGCAGCGAGUGGUUUUAAGGAAGUGAAUUUGAUUGGGGAAGGAGGUUUUGGAAAGGUUUACAAGGGUCGUCUUUCUGCUACACUAGGAAGCCAACUUGUUGCUAUAAAACAAUUACGUCUUGAUGGUGAAAGUCACCAAGGUAAUCGGGAAUUUGUCACCGAGGUUCUUAUGUUAAGCCUCCUUCACCAUUCCAAUCUUGUCAAAUUGAUUGGCUACUGCACCCAUGGAGAUCAAAGGCUUUUGGUUUAUGAAUACAUGCCUAUGGGUAGCCUCGAAAACCAUCUCUUCGAUCCUAACCCUAACAAAGAAGCACUAAGUUGGAAAACUCGACUGAACAUUGCUGUGGGGGCUGCCCGAGGUCUCCAGUAUCUCCAUUGUGAAGCGAAUCCACCUGUUAUCUAUCGGGACUUGAAAUCUGCCAACAUCUUAUUAGACUAUAAUUUAAAACCGAAACUGUCUGAUUUUGGGCUUGCUAAACUAGGACCUGUUGGAGACAAUACCCAUGUUUCCACCAGAGUCAUGGGAACAUAUGGCUACUGUGCCCCCGAGUAUGCCAUGAGUGGCAAAUUAACUCUUAAAUCUGAUAUCUACAGCUUUGGUGUCGUCUUGCUAGAGUUGAUCACUGGACGGAAGGCAAUGGAUGUCAAUAGAAGACCCCGCGAGCAAAGCUUGGUUGCAUGGUCUCGCCCAUUCUUGAGUGACCGGAGAAAGCUUUCGCAUAUCGUUGAUCCUCGUUUGGAAGGAAACUACCCCUUACGUUGUUUGCACAAUGCAAUUGCUAUUACGGCAAUGUGCCUCCAGGAGCAACCGAAUCUUCGUCCGUCCAUUGGUGAUAUUGUUGUGGCACUGGAGUACUUGGCCUCUGAAAGAGUUUCUGAAAUCAUCAGGCAUGGUGUGCGCAGCCAACCACGAUCAGAAACUGAAACAAAUAGCAACUAGAAUUAAAUAUGUAAUCUUUUUUAAAUGAUUUUUGUGAAAAAAAAUAUAUUCUAUUUUAGUUUUGUU